CGGUUCACUCCAAGUUCUCACUCUUCUCUUGCCCCCUGGCUGCCCCCACAAGAGGAACUUAGGGAUCUGGCUCACUUACCUUGUCCAGCAGUUCCUGGCGGGUGGCAGCUGUCAGACCUUUCCGGGUAGUCCGCUUGUGAUCACAGACUCGGAAGGGUCGCUGGGGUGGUGGAGGUGAAGUCCAGACUUUCCGGCCAAACUCAGAGCUCAUAUUGGAUACUGACCUGGUAGUUGGGAAGAAAGGUCAAGAAAUGAGUUUGGGAGGCGGCCUCUCACAGGCCUGGACGUGUUAGUGAUGGGAAGGAGUAGAAUGCCCGAGGGGGCCCAAGAAAGGCCUGAGAAGAGAGAGCUCCACCUCAUCGCUCCUCAUUCUCAUCUCACACUGCAAACUUGACAGGAGUAGGCACCUCACCCGCUGCUGCUGCUGUGCCUUUCGGCUUCUCCAUGCCCCUUGUAGGCCUCCGAGCCUACUAGUUCCCAGCUGGGUAAGUAGAUUGGCUCAGGGACCUUUACUUCCCACUGCUCACUUUGAGCUCAGGCAUAGGAAGGGGGCUGGCCAGAGGAGGGGCCCAGCUAAAUGGGUGGAGGUGGAGGUAAGGGAGAGCCUGGGAGUCAGGACUGGGGCAGGAGAUUUGGGUUCCAAGAAAUCAUGUUUGCGUUGCGGCUAGGGUCUUCUCUCCUAGACAGAAGAGACAGAAGCAGGAGGAGACACAGUCCCUUCUCAUCUGGCAGAAGGGGUACCGUGGGCUUUUGCCCCGACCCCUGAAUGCCUUCCAUUGGCCCUUUCCUUCCCCCUCGGUAGGUGCUGAAGAAUGUUGGCCUGCUAUCGGCCCCCGGGGAACGAAACGCUGCUGAGCUGGAAGGCCUCGCGGGUCACCGGCACCGCCUUCCUGCUGCUGGCGGCGCUGGUGGGGCUGCCGGGCAAUGGCUUCGUGGUGUGGAGCUUGGCGGGCUGGCGGCCCGCACGGGGGCGACCGCUGGCGGCCACGCUCGCGCUGCACCUGGCGCUGGCCGACGGCGCGGUGCUGCUGCUCACGCCCCUCUUCGUGGCCUUCCUGGCGGGGCAGGCGUGGCCGCUGGGCCAGGCGGGCUGCAAGGCCGUGUACUACGUGUGCGCGCUCAGCAUGUACGCCAGCGUCCUGCUCACCAGCCUGCUCAGCCUGCAGCGCUGCCUGGCUGUCACCCGGCCUUUCCUGGCGCCCCGGCUGCGCAGUCCCGCCCUGGCCCGCCGCCUGCUGCUGGCCGUCUGGCUGGCCGCUCUGCUGCUCGCCGCCCCGGCUGCCGUCUACCGCCACCUGUGGGGAGACCGCGUGUGCCAGCUGUGCCACCCGUCGCCCGCCCACGCCGCCGCCCAUCUGAGCCUGGAGACCCUGACUGCCUUUGUGCUUCCCUUCGGCCUGGUGCUCGGCUGCUACGGCUUGACACUGGCGCGGCUGCGGGGUGCCCGCUGGGGCGCUGGGCGGCAGGGGUCGCGGGUGGGCCGCCUGGUGAGCGCCAUCGUGCUGGCCUUUGGCUUGCUCUGGGCCCCCUACCACGCGGUCAACGUUCUGCAGGUGGCGGCUGCGCUGGCUCCGCCGGGAGGGGCCCUGGCGAGGCUGGGCGGUGCAGGCCAGGCUGCGCGAGCUGGAACCACCGCUCUGGCCUUCUUCAGCUCCAGCGUCAACCCGGUGCUCUACGUCUUCACCGCCAGGGAUCUGCUGCCCCGGGCAGGCCCCGGCUUCCUCACGCGGCUCUUUGAGGGCUCAGGAGACGCCCGAAGUGGCGGCCGCUCCAGGGAGGGGACCAUGGAGCUCCGAGCUACCCCUCGGCUCAAAGUGGUGGGGCAGGGCCACCGAGGCGGUGGAGACCCCGGGGACGGGAUGGAGAAGGACGGUCAGAGAUGGGACCCUUGACUCCAAACCCUACAACCGGGCCUGCCUCUUCCCUAUUCC